AUGCUGAUGAACCAUCUUUUGAAUCCUAUAGAGCAGACACCCACAUACAAACGAAUGACGCAAGAGUUUGAUUUCACCAACCACUCCCACCACCGCUUCAACCCUUUGACGAACCUGUACAUCUUGUGCUCGCCUCAUCGGGCAAAGCGACCCUGGCAAGGGGCUCGUGAGGAGAUUAAAAAGGAUAAAAUGCCUGAAUAUGAUCCAAAAUGCUACCUUUGUCCGGGAAACAUUCGAGCCACCGGAGAUUCCAAUCCAAAGUAUACUGAGACAUACAUUUUCGAUAAUGACUAUCCAGCAGUGAAAUUGGAUCAACCGAAAUAUACCGAAAAGUGGGAAGAAGGGUCACUUGAGCAGCGUCUCUUGAAAACUGAAGGCGUCAAAGGCAAAUGCUUUGUCAUUUGUUUUUCUCCCAAACAUAAUUUGUCAUUACCACAAAUGUCAAAGGACCAAUUAGUGAAAGUUGUUGACACUUGGCAAGAGUUAUACCGUAAGUGUGAUGAGGAUAGAGCUGCUGGCCGUGCACCUUACAAAUACUUGCAAAUUUUCGAGAAUAAAGGUUUCGCUAUGGGUUGCUCUAAUCCUCAUCCCCAUGGUCAAGCUUGGUGUUUGGAUAUCAUCCCACUGGAAGUGAAGGAAGAAUUGCUGAAUAUGAAUGCAUACCACAAGACCCAUGGUUCGCAUUUGUUGGGAGAUUACGUUCAAUUGGAAUUGAAGCAUCGUCAACGGGUGGUUUGUGAAAAUGAAUCCUUUUUAGUUGUUGUCCCCUAUUGGGCAUUGUGGCCAUUUGAAACCCUCUUGGUCUCAAAGGAACAUCUUCGCUCCACGGAAGACUUUACUGAGAGUCACAAAGCCGACUUGGCUUCAAUCUUGAAAACUUUGACUACAAAGUACGACAAUCUUUUCAACACGUCAUUCCCAUACUCUAUGGGCAUUCACCAGGCACCAUAUGACGAUGAGCAAGCCGAUUGUGCUUGGUUCCACAUUCAUUUCUACCCACCUCUUCUUCGUUCUGCCACGGUGAAGAAGUUCUGCGUGGGUUUUGAGAUGUUGGGUGAGCCACAAAGAGACUUAACGUCAGAACAAGCCGCUGCUAGAUUACAGGAAUUGGACGGUAACGUUCAUUAUAUGGAAAAGUGA